AAUGCAAGCCCAGAAAGACUUAGCAUGAUUAUCAUCAUGGGGGUUACGGGAGCGGGGAAGAGCUACUUUAUCAAUCGCCUUGCUGGGCGAGAGGUUGUCCAGGAAGGAGCCGAUCUAGACUCAUGUACUCAAGCGUGUCAGCUCAUUCCCAUCACAAUUGGUGCAAGCAAAGUCCUUCUCAUUGACACUCCCGGGUUUGAUGAUACUCAGAGAACCGAUUCCGAAAUCUUGACGGAGAUUGCCCGUAUUCUGUCCUGUCAGUACCAGCUUGGCGUGGAUCUCAAGGGCGUGAUAUACAUCCAUCGCAUAACCGACAUCCGCUACAGCAGAUCAUCAGUUAAGACUUUCGAGGUCUUCAAAAAGAUCUGCGGCGAGAGAGCGCUCAAAAACGUUCUGCUCAUAACGUCACGAUGGGGCGAGGUCUCUCAAUCGAUCGGAUCGGACCGAGAGCGGCAGCUGAAGGACCGCUUCUGGGCGUACAUGCUUGGCCGCGGUUCAAAUAUAAGUCGAUUCUAUGGCGACCGCGACUCCGCCAUCGGCUUGAUCAGUCAAUUGCUGAUGAAGGAGACGGCUGUCCUCGAGCUUCAAGAGGAGCUCGUCGACAAUGGCAAGCGUCUGAGCGAAACAAGCGCCGGUGCAUAUGUCAGCAACAACAUUGAUGACAUGAAAAAAAGAUACGAGGAAGAGCUCGCUUCUCUGGAGAAACUAAAGCUAGAGCUACGAGCCAACGAUCGGGCGAUGAAGCGGCAGAUUCAGAGAGACUGGGAGGAAGAGCAAUUGCGUCUCGAGAAGGCCCAAAAAGAACAGGUCAGUCUCCAGCGCCCUGUUGGUACUGAGGUGCAGGAAGAGAUUAAGAAGAAGAGAUUCAAACUUUCUCUCUUAAUUCCAUUCAUCCCCUCUGCCAUCAGCAUUAUGUGCAUGUUUGUAGGCAUUCCGCCAGGGGUAUCAGGGAUCUUCACCUCGUGGAUGGGUAUUGACGACCCAGGAUCCGAUUUCUCCUUAUCUGAUCUGCUCUCUUUUUGACGAUCGGGUUCUGGACUGGAUCUCGCUUGCAAGCCAAUGCAAAUCUCCACUACCAUUUUUGAUCAUCUAGACGCCUAGCUGAGAUUUGCAGACGAAUAGGACAGCACGAUAUAGGCUUGUUAAAAUCACCCUCGAAAUGGAUUCAUGGAUGGAGAAUGUCCGUUCAAUUAUUGCCUGGUGCUAUUAUAGCGGAAUCUGAUUCGUUGCUGCCAAAAGAUAGGCGAUGAUACGGCACGGCACGAGAAGGUUUGGAGUGCAUGAUCUAGCUACCUUCAAUACCGGUCAGCCAUUUAUAAAUAGUGCAGCACACGACUUGGUGCAUGGGAAGACGUGUCCAAGAUAUCCUCAUUGGAGAAGAGGC